CUUUGUAAAUACACUAACAGAGUGUUUAGUCUUUAUUAUGUUGAAAGAAGAGACCAACGAGAGUGGCUUUGUGGGGGGUAAAGCUGACGAUGAGGAUGAUAGAGAGGUGGCUUCGUGGUUGAUGCUUAAUCUAGGGAAAGACGGUGAUAGUCACAACAAUGGGUUCUUAUUUGGUGUUGAGUAUCUUGAUCUUGUUGACUACAGCUCCAACAUAGACAACCAGUUGGAAGAUCAGCACAGUCACUACGAGAGGAUCUAUGGUGGAGAAGAUGGAGUUGUGCCACUUCAAGUUGAAGACACAACAAGUCAGUUGCAACUAAGGCAUCACAACUUUCAUUUGGGUAACAACUAUGGUUGCUCAACAGGAGCUGACUACAACUACAAUGGUUCCAUGAUGGACAUCAGUGUUGUGCCAGAACCAUCAGAGAGUGACACAACAGUCCAACACCCACGAGAGCCUAAAGAGACGAAAGACCAACUAUCUGGCCCACCUACUCAACAGCUAACUCCAGCAGAAAGGGCGGCUAGGGUCCUGAGAUACAGAGAGAAGAAGAAGAGGAGGAAGUUCGAGAAGACAAUAAGGUAUGCUUCAAGAAAAGCUUAUGCAGAGGUAAGACCACGGAUCAAGGGGCGCUUUGCAAAGAGGAUGGAAACUGAAGCUGAUGCAGAACAACUCUUUUCAACAUCUCUAAUGGCCGGAUAUGGAAUUGUUCCUUCAUUCUGAACUCUUACGGCAGAGAUGAGCUAGAUUGCAUGCUGUAAAUUAAUCCUAGUUUGGAUUUUAUUAUAUUACCACUGUUUCACGUGUGGAUCCUUUGGUUUUGUGAAUUUUGUAGAAAUUAAAAUCCUAUCAUAUGUGAAAUGUUAUCCUCUGGAACGGUGCCUGACUGGAUUGUUACCACAAGAAAGAGAUAUGGGGUAGAGCUGUAAUAAGAAUAUAAUAAAAAAUGAUUUCAACGGUCUCGUCAACUUUAGUAGUUGUUAUGUUGUAAACAGAGGUUGGAAAGCCUUUCUCAGCAAUGUUGAGAGCUAAGUUUCUGACCCAUCACAGCCAUGUCCAGCUAAACCUAUUUUAGUUGGUUGAAACAGCCAUUGUCUUCCUCUUCUUCUUCGU